UAAAGUUUCCGAGGCUUGGAGGAACACAAUGAUUUGGAUCAAACAGCCUAAAUGGGAAGAAGGAUAUUUCUGCUGCAUCGAGGAAGCCGUUAAACUUCUGUUAAACGAACUCUCUCUUUUUUUUAUGCGUCUAUGCACACGACCGACCUUCUCUACCGCUGACCAGAAAUUAUCUCAGACAAUCCAGGAUAUUCUGAAAGCUUGGAGACAUAUGGCUGGAAAAUGAAACGACCCUGGAGUGUGGCCACAUCAUUAUUUUGUGUCGCAUGGUACCAGAUGGGCAGUUGGUGAAUAGCGAUGGGAUGUGAACGGACACUUUCAUAAUGUGAAUUUCCCCCGCCCCGCAGAGCUAAAGCAGACUUUAUUUCCCUCUCUUUUUGGUCUAUAGUACUUGCAAUUUCCUCCUCUCUGUAAUAUCAAUUAACUCAACUUGGCAGUGGGGUGGCCAAAAAAGAAGAAGAUGAAGUGGGUUCUAUAAUCUCAGUAAGUGUCGGGGGAGUCACAGCGCCCAGGGAACUGCGGCUGCCACCCGCUGCGUCCUGUGUGGAUUUCAGGGCUGAUAUCGCCCUGGCGGUUAUGGAGCAGACGGUGCACUCGAUCUUUCAAGGAUAGAGAUCCGGGCUCCAGAGGGGUGCGCUGAGCUCCAGGCAACCUUGGAGGCUACUGCUGCCUCUCAUCCGCAGCCUUUUAUUACCAUUUUCAUCGUUCUUGAGAAGUCAUGGAAGACGGCCCACUGCCCGACCUCAGAGACAUUGAGCUGAAGCUGGGGCGUAAAGUACCUGAGAGCCUAGUGCGCUCGCUCCGUGGGGAGGAGUCGGUUUCCCAGGAAAGGGACAGAGACCCCCGCGGGGGGAGCAGCAACAGCAGCAGCGGUGGAGGCGGCUGCAUGAGUAGCAGCAGCAGCAGCAGCUGCAGUUUCCCACUCUCCUUGUCAUCCUCUUCUUCGUCCUCCCCAACCUCUAUCUCCCCACGACGUAGCCACUCCAGUAGUGCCCUGGAGAGGCUGGAAACCAAGCUUCACCUCCUCCGGCAAGAGAUGGUUAACCUCAGAGCCACAGAUGUCAGGCUCAUGCGCCAGUUGCUCCUUAUUAAUGAGAGCAUUGAGUCCAUCAAGUGGAUGAUUGAAGAGAAGGCCACUAUCACCAGCCGAGGCAGCAGUCUCAGUGGCAGCCUGUGCAGCUUACUGGAGAGUCAGAGCACCUCCUUACGUGGCAGCUACAAUAGCCUCCAUGAUGGCAGUGAUGGGCUGGAUGGCAUCUCUGUAGGGAGCUAUUUGGACACUUUGGCAGAUGAUGUUCCAGGCCAUCAGACUCCAUCAGACUUGGACCAAUUCACUGACAGCUCCAUUCUAGCAGACUCACAGACAGUGCACAAGCGUCCCAAGUUGGAUUCUGAAUACUACUGCUUUGGCUGAUGACCCAGUUUUUUGCAUGGGGUUGUUGUGCAAUUAACCUGUAUUUGUCCUUCUCUGCUGCUAUAUUUUUGGUGUGAUUUUUUAAAAAAUAUGACAACCUUCUAAAAAGAAGCUUAUUUUGAAUGGCUUGAUGGUAUUUCUGUUGCUCCUAUUACUUCUCUGGUUUGAUUUGUUUCUCUCUUCCAUCUCUAUUUUUAUUUAUUAUGAUGAUUUUUCUCCCUUCUUUCACAGUGGCACAAAUAAAGUAGGGGGAAAGAAUAAGCAAUAAUUACAUUUUUGCUUUUAUUCUCAGAGCAAGGGGUCAGGGAUUCUAAGAAAAACUUUGCUAAAUUUUACAAUAAACCAAAGUCUGAUAAUA